UUCCUCGAACGCGUCUCGCGAUCGGUCUGCACUGUCGGAACGGGCUGCGCUUCAGUUCGGUACGGUGACGAGAGCUUUGUUUAGCUUGAAGGGACGGAUCGUAGAGUUUUUUUUCUUUUCUUUCUUCUGGUUGCUGCUGCUUUGCUUCAUCAAGCGACUGCGACAAUCCCGUUUGCGUCGAGCGUGGUGAUCCGUUGCGCCCAUGCCAAUGUAUCCGGUUGCAGCAGGAAAGUGGCGGGCAGUGUGAUGAUCAAGUGAGAGCCUAUACACAAACAAAACCAAGGUUCGCCCAGGGCAGCUAGAUCAAGUUUUUUUGCCUCGAUUAUAGCGUCCCGUUUGCGUGUUUGUGACAGUGUGUAUUUGCAUUAUGCAUCGUGCUUCCUAGUGUGCGGGAACAGGAACUCACACGCCUUUCGUCGCCCCGAGUGUCCUUCCGAGUGGGAUUUGUGUUUGCGCUUGUGUGUUGUAGUGGGGGAUAAAAACAUGUCGUUAGUGAAGGGCUUUCUAUAAUAGAAAUUUCAUGCCAACAGAUCGGGUGAAAAACAAGUGUAAAAUUUAGUGCUCUGCAAUCUCCAAAAAGCAUCGGCAAUCCAACAAAGCAUCCGUGUGACCAACGUGUAACAAAAACAAACGCAAAAACAAGCUGCUGCUACAGCUAGCAAACAUCAUUGUAAGUGUUGCGGAGGCCUUCGGCGUCGCCAUCAUCGACAGCGCCAGCAGCCGUUUGCGUCAUUGAACUUGAAACAAGAGCGCGUCCACGAUCAGUACCGAAAAUUAUGCCCGUGCGCUUCUCGGCGGCUCAUCGCCUUCGCGCGUUUUGAGCAUCACCCAAUCGCCCCGCAAUUGGAUGCGGCCGGAUCUUCAACCGCUUCGUUCCGCGGAGCAUUGAAAUAACCACUAACCACAGCUAUUGCAACCGCAAAGGGCGUAAGAAAGACGGGAAACACCGGAGCCCUACAGCGAGCAUCGGCGGGCAUCGGCGACACACUAAACCCGUUCCCGUUACGGGUUACACGGACCGGAGCCUCUGAACAGUGCCCAUUUGGGAAAGCACAAGUGGAUUGUACUGUGGAGAAAAAAAAGAAGCAAAAAAACAAAACAAAACUCGCGCAAUCGUACUCGUACUCGCGGUGCUGACCAGCAUGUUCGACUGAUAGUGCGACCUCAUCGCGAUCAAGCAUUGAUUACCGAUCGAAGCGUGCGCUGCUUGCCGGGCGAGAAGCAGACGAACAAACAGUAGGAACGAAUAGGAAACAACUUGCAAGCAAAUGGGGAUACUAAAUGGGUCAAGUGUGCAGUUGUUCGGUGUGCGUUAACUAACGUGUCAAACGCGCUAAUCGAUUACCUUUGACCGAGCAGCUGUUUCGUGUUCCGAAGGCGAAAAAACAAGGCUGUGCAAGUGGUACUACUACUUACCGAAUAUCAUCGCACAAAGUGGUGUGUGUAAUUAGAUUUAAACUGAAGUGAGUACAACAAAAUUUGGAGAGAAGUGUUUGAAGUGCUUGACAUGAUUACAUUUCAAGUCGUUCCUAAAGAAUACUGUACACGAGAAAAGUGUUGAGUGGAGCGCUUUGGUGAAUAAAGUUGUAAACGUUACUGACCACCGAACCCCAAACAGGGCCUCACAGUCAUGUGUGGUGUGUGAAUAGUGCAUUGGUUUCCCACGCACUGGAUGAAAGCGAUGGUCACGUACAAUAUGGACGGUUCGCAAAGAAUGAGCCGCCCGCGGCGCGGUUCCAGUGUCUCGUCCGGCUUCCGGCUGAUGGAUGCGGACCAGCUGGACACCACGUCCACCGUGAGCCGCAACAGCAUCUACAAGCUGCGGAUAGACGCAAUGUUCGACGACACGAGAUCGAUCAUAAGCCAGCGGUUGGAUGAUCGCAGUUCGCAUAACGGCCGCCGCCGCUCCUCGUCGAUCAGUGGGCUGAGCCGGGGCAGCCUUGCCGGUGCCAUCAUAAACGAUCGCGACAAUCUGGACAUCAGCGCGGUGGCGAGCAGUUUGCGCGAUUUCGGUGGCGUCAGUGCGGCCGGUACCGGUGGACAGCCCGCAGCCACCGGUGGACCACCGGGGGCGACCGAACGUCCCGCCGGCAAUGGUGCGGCCGGUGCGAGCGGUUCGGCCGGCGGUGCGGCCAGCGGAGUGUCCCGCCACGGCAGCGAUGCCCGGCGCGAGAUCAGCAACAGCGUGCAGGCCCAGAUCGAGCGCAUGUUUACGGACGUGGCGAAGGAGAACGGUGGCAGCACGGCCAAUGUACAAAGCUUCAGCGUCCGGUGUCUCGGAUCGUUGCCGCUGAAGGAUAAGGUGACCAGCCUGGUCGGGCUGCAGGAGCCUCUGAGGCAGCUGUACCUGAGCGGUGCAGGACACGGGACACAGACCGGAGGCUCGCUGGACAUCAGCCCGAUCGGGCUGCGGGUGCGGGCGGGCAGUGGCAAGGAACCGUCCGUAACGCCCUUUCAAAACAUCGCCGUCUGGUCGGCGGUAAAGUUCGUCGUGUCGGGGGCCGAGGGCGGUGCUGCCUUUCUGCCGCUCAUCACCGAUCCGGAGAACAUCGACAAGAGCACGCUCUUCCGUCCGCUAAGUGCCGCCGACAAGCGCCGUCUGUCGUCCGGCAUCCAUUCGCCGCUGUUUGCGAUCGUGAUGCGAUCGACGAGCGUGCCGCGGCAGCUGGAGUGCCACGGGUUCGUCUGCCAGACGCCGGAAGAUGCCAUCGUGAUUGCGGCGACGCUCUACCAAAGCCUGAUGGCGCACAUGAGCAGUGGCGAUAACCAGCGCCCCAAGCGACCGAAGAACCGGAACGGCGUCAGCUGCAUGAGCAUUGCGAGCAGCACCGUCACCACCAACACCCAUCUGCCCGGCGGCUCGACCAAGCUGUCGUCGCGGCGAUCGAGCGCCAGCCAGCGCAGCAUGCUGCCGCCGCCGCCCCGGCCGCCGCGCAUGAAGCGCAGCGCGACGAGCUCGCUGAGCGGCGAAAGCGAUGCCGUCGCCGGCCCGCACGAGGACGAAUCGUCGACCGAGGAGCGAAGGAAGAAGAACGUGAAGAGCAAGCGGCCACCGCCGAUACCGCCGAACCCGCCGCGGGCAAUAUCGAACCGGCCGCUGCUGGACGAAAUCUACACCGACCGGAGCCACUCGACGGACGAGCAGGGCGUCGCCGGGAAGGAGGGCCCGUACCCGGCCCUGACCGACAACUCGACCGGCGACAUACUGACCCGGGUGGCCAUACCGCGCUCCGGCAGCUUCCUCAACACGGCCGGCCUGACCAGGUACAAAUCGCGCGCCACCCGCCGGCACACGGGCAAGGUGGGCGGGGGCGGUGGGUCGCCGCUCGGGUUCAGCGAGCUGUUCAACGAGUUCCGGCUGCAGGAGAACCUGCACUCGCUGGACGAGAUCCUGAAUGCCAUAAUCAACUCGGACGGCAUGUCCUUCAACGAUCUGAAGCCGAUCUACAAGGAGUUUCUGCUCAAGCUGGCGGUGACGCUGACCAAGGACGAGCUGUACCAGCGGUCGAAGAGCAUCAUGCGCCGGCAGAAGAAGAAGAAGUUGAAGCGAAGAAACAGUAACGUGCAGAACCAGCGCCGCAAGCUGCUGAUCGGUGCGAAAGGGCUCAAGAAGGUGUUUCGGUUCGGUAAGUUUCGCAGCAAAAAGAGCGCCGGCGGCGGCGGAGGAGCCGGCGGGUCGCACGGCACCGGCGGCAGCCAUGGCGUCGGUGGCGGGCGAGCUGGAAACGGAGGUGCAGGGCACGCUGCUGCAGCUGCUGCCGGGCACGGGACCGGCGGGCACGGCUCGGCACCGGGUGGCCGGGCACAUCAGCUCGCGGACCAGCUGUCACUGGAUCUUAAGGCGGCCGGCAAGAAGGACCGAUCCCGAAUUGCAACUAGUGGUUCGGAAGUUUCAGACGCUCGACAUGAGCAUACGCUGACCGCGCACAACCGUAACAGCUCGAGCGGCUACGUGUCGUGCUCGGAGUGUAGCUACGACUCGGACGCGUGCACCUGUGCGUCGGCCGACCGCUGCUACUGCAGCCUGGGCGGGGACGACAUCAACGCCAAGCUGCACCAGGCGAGCAGCCGCAGCUCGGCCCCGAGCUGCCGCAGCGAGGACAAGUGCUACUGCUCGAUGGGCGAAACGCCGAACGAGGAAGGCUCCACCACCUGGUGCGACACGGACAGCUGCAUAAGCAACGAGAAGUGCUACUGCUCCACGCGCCACGGUCAGGUCGCAAAGUGUGCCGCCGCCGGUAGUAGUGGUAGUGCCAGCAAAGGUACCAUUGCCGGCGUCCACGGCCAAAAGCACUGCGCGGCGAAACCGGCGAAGGUGGACAAGCUCGCGCUGGACUACGAGUUGUUCACGGUCGGUGGUAGUGGCCGCCCGGUCAAAGCGUCCGAGGCGCUGAGCGUGAAGAAGACGGUCGAGGUGGCGGCCGAGUUUGCCGACGUCAAGCUCAGCCAGACGACGGACAUCACGAACCUGAAGGCGGACGCACAGUCCAGCGCUACGUCCGGCAGCUCGUCGCUUGUGUCCACGGCGAAAAAGUCCGCCGACCAUCGGGGUGCGUCGGCCGGUCGUCAUCACGGCCACAACCAUCACCACACGCACCAUGCGCACCGCAGCGAGCAGCGGAACCAUCAUCACCGGCCGCAACCGGCGCUCGGCAAUGGGGGGUCGAGCGGGGCCAGCAGCACGAGCAAUCUGCACUACCACCGGCACCACUACAGUACCAGCACGAAGAAGAAGGGCCUGCCGGUGCAGCUGCCGGGCAACGACUAUCAGUACAUCCACUCCACGCAGUCCGAGCUGAUCGUGCGCGGUGCCAAGCAGGAGCUGAAGACCCCGAAACGGUUGACCAAGUCGGAGAGCUACUAUCAGGCGGGUCGGCCAGUCAGCUCGUCGCUUGGGCUCGAGGACUCGUUGGGCUAUCUGCCGUAGGGGGUGUUGAUGGUAAUCGGGUUACAGUCGGGUUGAUUUGUGGGCACAGGUAGGAUGUAGCUAUAUUUUUUUCCUGAAAGUAAAUCGAGCGAUUUCACCUCGCGGCGAGGAAGAACAAGCCUCAGUGUUUACUCUCAGCGAAGACGAGCUUCCGAGGUUUAUGUGGUCCAUUUUUGUUUCGUUGUUUCAUUCACCCACCAUUUGCGCCCUGCACUGCCCUACACACCCUGUCCGUAUGUAUUGCGGGGACACACACCGUUAUCGUAUCGCGCAUUUAUAGGCGUGAAGGGAAAACGUUUGACAACGUUUCCUUCACAAACACACAAGAAAAGGGAAAAGUGGCGUCCAGCAUCAACACGCUGCUGCGCUAUUGUGUGCUUCAUUUUUAACGUACCCACUAAGAAACGGUGUCGUGCGUGAGACCGAAAUUUGUGAGUGUGUGUCAGAGAGAGAGAGGAACGCGCCUCGUGGGGAUGGUUUUAACCGUAUUAGACAAACUAGCUGCUAAGCGCUGUACAAUGGCAGGUGACAGUUUUUCUGGGGAAUACACUACACACUAGCUUGGUUGAGUUAUUUUAAUGGCGAAUCGAACGGGCAAUAGGCGUAUAUACGUAGCAAUAUGAUGCAAGGCAAUGUAGGUUAUGAGCGGUGUCUCCACAGUAGAUUAAGGACCUCCAGCAUGGUACAACGUUCAGGGGGGUUGGUACUUUAUUUCCACACUGCACCGAAAGCAGCACCAUCGUGCAGAGCACUGUGUUGUGUCUCUCAUGGCGACGGUAAUGCAUUCCAUUCUGGGCAGCAGCAUCACUGUCCAAAGACAAAGUGAGCUCUCUAGCGUUAAGGUUUACUUUUUUGCGUCUCUGCAGCACUAAUGAAACGAGGAAAGAAAAAGACUUACUAUUUAUUUUUUAGAAAUACUUUUGUUUUUUUUUUUAAACUUACACACUCUGUCUCUCUUGCUCUCUCUCUUCCUAUAUGUGCAAUAUAAGAGAAUGGCGCGGUGCAAUACAUAAUUAGAAACUAACAGGUAUUCAUGUGCAAUGUACGAUGCUAUUCGGAAGGCGAACGAAGCGUUGUUAGCGAAGCUAGGCAGUAGACGGAUGGGACUAAUCGUAUGCAAAGACAAUCUUAGUGCAAUAAAGAACUUUAAUUCAAA